UUUGCCCUCGUUAUCAACCCGACAGAACCGCAAAACCACCCCAACAGAGGCAAUGCCGUACACGAUGGCGUUAGUCUUGCCCUGCUCACGCCUAGCCGCUGACAAUCACAUUGUACACAUAGUGCACGGGGGUUCAGCUCAGCCCCGAACUAAAUAUUAAUGAUAUCUGCGUUGUGUGGAUUCUUUCCAGAGAAAGAUAGAACAUCGUUGGCUUUUGAACUGGCGGUGUUGCAUUACGUAUUCAAACCACGUCGAAUAUAUCAGUAAAUCUACCACUCCACACUCGGCAGAUCAUCCUCAAGAGGCUUCUCCCCCUCCCCCUGAAUCCUCAGCGCCACCCCAUCAGCCUCCGCCCACACACGCAAAAUAUUCCCACCCACAACCUUCGCCACAUCCGCAUCACUCACCCCCCUCCUCAGCAACUCCCCCACCAAAUCGGGAAACUUCGUCACAUCCUCCAACCCCCUCGGCACUCCCAAUCCCAUCAAAAUCACUCCCAAUCCCCACAUGCUCAAACCCAAUCAACUCCCCAAUAUACACCACAUGAUCCGCCACCCGUCCCAGCAUCGACCCCGCCUCGUCGAAAUCAGGAAGCCCACUCUCAUUCGGCGGGUUCGCAGCGACGCAGCUCACGAAGUCGGGCAUGAAAUUCACCAUCACCACGCUCCCCUUCGCUUUGACGAGAUGCAACACCUUGUCCGGGACGUUGCGCGUGUGCGGACAGAGCGCGUAGGCGCAGCUGUGGCUGAAAAUAGGGGGUGCGGCGCUGCGUAUGAGUCAGGAUCUUGCUCGCUCUUUCCUCAAUGGUAGGCGGCUGCCCCCAAAAUGGCCAUCCAAAGGCGGCAGUGGGCUUGGAAGAUAACAGUACAGAUGCAGUCAAAAGGAGGGCUGCAUAUGCAAUUAUACAUUUUGACCUUCGCCAUGGUGAGCCCCCAUCGACGACGACCAACUGUUGCGGCUGGUCUUUACCAUAGGACUCUACCUUGGGCAGAAGAGGCCUAGACUCCAUCAUGUAAAAAGGCUUAUUUGCAAUAUAAUAUCGGGAUAUGACGAUUUCCCAGUAGCUCUCACGUCAGAUCCUGAUUCGUAGUUACAGUCACCUAUUUCUCUACGGUCUUACAAGUCACGUGCAACAUCUGAUCUUUUGUAUGCCUGAAACUUGGGAAAAGGAAUCCACGACUCUAAACUUGGACCCUGCAAUUCCCCAACCUUGGAGCAGUGGCAGCCUAGACCCAAAAGGUACAUUAGCAAACGUGGACAACUCGUGCUGACGCGGGCCCUGAACCAGACUAUAAACAACAAAACUGAAUCGCGCAGAACCUGGCAGACGUCGCAAAUCAAUCGGCCGGCUUGAGGACAAUCUCCCAAACUGUCGCUGGUGUUAUUGCAGUUCUUGGUUCUGUCUGUUGUAACGAUACGGCUGAGCGAAGCUUCACGAAACACAGCCCCAUCUGAGGCCCUCAUAGAGCUGCCAGCUUGUUGAUCUUUCGCCCGUCACUCCUUUUUUGCUAAAAACCACCUCUCUUGUACAUACCGACCUCAGUUCAGAGCGACGCGCGUCGCUUCAAUCGACUUCACGAGUAGUCGCGAUCUCUCACGUGGGCAAGAUGCCCGGUUUCGCAGAUUCCUUCUGGUCCUCCGACUAUGCUGGAGGACUGGGAGUUCUGUUUGGGAAGCUUCAGCAGGGUGUCCUAGAAAACCAGCAAGUCCUAACGAUUGCACGAAUGCGAGCCGAAGCCGAAGACCUCUACGGAAUGCGUUUGGGCGAUAUCGGGCCAGCGACUGACAAGAUGACUGGCGGCUUCACGAGGGAUGACGGCGCAAGUCUCAAAAAGGCAUACGAUGGAGUCCGCAGUGAAAUGGAGGAGGCGUCGAAAAACCACCGAAGGAUAGCUUUGAGUAUACGCGAGCUUGUCGUGAACCCGUUCAGCCGCUGGUGCGACGCCCACGAGAAUCGGGUGCAGUCUUCGCAAGACGAUCUGCAAUCACGGAUCAAGUCCCACGACAAACAGGCCGAGUCGGUUAGGAAGCUGCGAAGCAAUUACUUCAACAAGUGUCGUCUUGUGGAGGACAUUGAGGAGGAGAACAAGCUUGCGUUCCAAGACCCAUCGGGCCCCGAGGGGAGCCCCAAAGGAAAACAGAAUAUACCCGAGAUCAAGGUGGAGGAGAAUGAUGAGGAUGACGAGCCUCUGGAAAUCGGAGAUGAGAUCUACCAGCCCGAGCAGGUUAAGAAGAUGCUAGAGCAUGCCUUAAACACCGUGGCGCUCGGAGACACCAAGGUGCCAAUCCUUGGCACAUAUCAAAACACUACAUCCGGUGCUGGUAUUGUGGAAUAUCUGCAAAAGCACCUGGGUGCCACCACCAUCAGCUAUGCUGAGCGUGUUGGCCAGGAUCUUGUGGACCACGGUUUCUUGCGCCUGAUUGGCAACGUCGGAAACACUUUUGCCAACAGCAGCAAGAUGUUCUACCAAUGGCGCCCACGGGCUUUCCAGUACGCCGGCGUACCUGAGAAGAAGCAGCCCCUGAACCGAACAUUUUCCCUGGCUCCCAACUCCGACUUUGCGGAGUCGCCGGUGGUUGGAGCUGUUGGAGAAUACCUUUCCGGAUGGAGCUUGGUUAACCAACAUCCAAAUGAGACCCCGGCUCAGCGUCUCCGAAGAGAAGCUGCUGAGGCGGAUGAGAGAUACAAGGCGUCUGUGCGAAAGUUGGAUCUGCUUAGAUGCCAGCUCGAGGAGGCUAUUAUCGACCACCUCAAGUUUAUGGAGCGUUGUGAGCUUGACCGCCUAAAAGCUAUCAAGUCGGUUGUUCUUGACUUUUCUGGCGCAAUCAGCAAUGCCAUCCCAAGUCUUCAGUCAACCGUCGACAAGAUGAUGCUCUACCAAGAGACCGUUCAGCCACUGGGAGAUCUCCGUUAUCUCCUGGAGAACUACCGCACUGGUGGCUUCGCACCCAAAGUCCAGAUCUACGACAACUAUUACAACUCUGCCGAUGAGCAAACUUUCGGUGUUGACUUGGAGGCUCGCGCCCGUGCUGAUAAGAAGCGCGUUCCGAAUGCCAUCACCUCCAUCCUCACAUUCUUGGACAACCACUAUCCGGACUUGGAAGGUGACGAGGCUAGACGAGGCAUCUGGCUUGUAGAUGUUCCGUUGCAAAUCACUCAUCGCCUUAGAGACGAGAUCAAUAACGCCAAGCCGGUACCAAUGGAGACACUCCAGCGCUAUGAUAUACCCGUGGUAGCAAGCGUACUCAAGCUGUACUUGCUAGAACUUCCCGACUCCCUGGUCUCUUCCCACGUUUACGAGAUUGUUAAAACCAUCUACAACACCCCCGCCUCAGAGUCGACCGACUCGGCUCGUGUAUCUGUACUCCAAAACACUCUCAUCCAGCUUCGCCUCUCCAACAUCGCAACCCUCGACGCGCUCAUGACCCACUUCACUCGACUAAUCGAGCUAACCUCGGCCGACGAAGUCUACACCGCCGCCCUCGCCCAAACGCUCGCCCCAUGCAUCCUCCGCCCCCGCGCAGAGAACUCCCUGACACUAGAGGAGAAGCACUCCUACCGCCUCAUCCGCGACCUCUUCGUGCACAAGGGCCGGAUCUUCAGCGAACUCAAGCGCGCCAGCUCGCUCUCCCACAGCGCGGAUAACGCCAACAACCGCCCGAGAGCGAUUAGCACCGACGAGAGCAACCGCAAGGCCAACAUGGAGGCUAGGACUCGCGCUAUUCUCGCGGCGGGGGGGUCGAGGAGCAGAGCCACUAGCCCGGCGCCGAGCCCGCGUGGACACAGGAGGGAUAGGAGUAGUGGGGGGCCGGAGACGAGGUUCCCCAUCCAGACGUCGCCGACUUUGACGUCGGAGACGCGUAACUCGAGGGGCUCGCUUGGAAGCACUGUGAACAGGACUAGCUUGGAUAUUCCGGGGUCGAUCGAUUCCAUCUCCACUAAACCGGAUAGCCACUCUGCGUCCAGCGCGCUGCAGCAGGCCACAAAUGGAGUGAGCGGUUUCAAUCCAUUCGGUGCUGGAGCUGGGGAUGCUGGUGCUGAUGAGGGUGGGGUGGAGAAGAGGAAUAGCCUUGGGAGACCUAGGCCCCCGGUAGUUGGGAGGCUGGCGACGGCGCGGAAGCCGCCGGCGUCGAGUGCGUUGAGUGUGGGUGGUGAUGGUAAGCUUGGGCAGCAGGAGGUGCGGCCGCAGGGCGUUAGCCUCACUGAUAAGGUGAUGGAUGACUGAGUUAUGAAUGAUUGUUUGGGGGAAAGGAAGGACUACAUAGGAUGGACGAAGGGCAGAUGAACGUUUGUAUGGCAUGAUUUUCUUGCUGAAGCAGCGCCGAGGGGCGGUUGGAAUUAUGAUACCUUUGAUUAAACCAUAACUUCGUUGGGUUUCUUUUGUGUUAUUAAGAUUGUGUAUUAUGGAGAGGAAUUUGAAACUGACAUUAUUUCUACCGAAUGAGUAGGUAAUUCUGCUUGAAGAUACUGUAUAGCACAGAGACAUUUGAAGAUAUGACACUAUUUCUGCGAACUGAGUCAGCCAAUUCUGCAUGAAGAUAUUGUGUAGCAUAUCUCUUAUAUCGGAAGAGUUGCGCUCUGUGGCACUUUGGAUAUUUCCCGUUACGCUGUAUCGUGCGCCAUUUUUUCCUUCCUAGCGGUGGAUGUAUUAAUCUUAUAUCCGUACUCUGGCUAUCAUCAAAAUGAUUUCACGCCCGGCAUCCAAACACACUUGGACCACAGUCUUGAGUUAGGGGCUCGUUGCACACCCCUAUAUGAUGCGUCCUUUGAUACUUUGGCAAUGUUAUAACCAAACCAAACACGGCUAACCGUUCGCAGGAUUGCGGCUCUAAUCGUCGGCAGAGAUGACACCAGCGUUCAUCGCAUGUUUGACAGCAGGGUAGA